UUUGUGAGGUGUUUACUGUACAGUCGCAAUAUUUCUGUCCAAUCCCUGUGUGGAAACGGGGCGGGAUGAGCGUUACUAAGACAAGUCUCGAGUCAAGUAUAAAGGGAAUAACAUGGUACCCCUGUGGCUGUUGAUGUUUACCUGAAGAAAGGAAUAAGCGAAUAACUGCCUUAUUUUAUGUUUUUGUAUAUAAGUUUACGUAUUUUUGAACUUUGUAGAUUUACACUGCCAUUGGCAUGUAAAUCGCACAUUCACUAAUGUGCCAAUAUUACAAAUGGAAAAGGGGUUUCACUUUGGAAACGUGAGCAUUUCCCUGGUGCUCCUGUUGUUGCUGAAAGCAUUGACUGGGACGUCUCAAACUCAAGACUCCGUCGUCGGGAGGGAGCCCGUGCCUGCCAUCCCGGGCUCAGACACAGCAGGUGAACAUGGUUCAGGAGUUAUGGAGAAAAGCUUGGGAAAUAUCGGCGCCCCGAUCAUUGGAGACGUAACGGUGGAGGACGACGAGAACGGGGCGACAGGGGAGGAGGAUGAGUCGCAUGAAGCCUACUCCGGAAAUAUUCCACCGACAAGGUCUCUGGUGAUCAUCAGCACGCUGGAUGGACGGAUCUCGGCUCUGGACCCCAACAACCAGGGACGCAAGCAGUGGGACCUGGACGUGGGAUCUGGCUGCCUGGUCUCCUCCAGCCUCAGCAAGCCUGAGGUGUUCGGCAGUAAGAUGUUCAUCCCAUCGCUGGACGGAGCCCUGUUCCAGUGGAAUCGGGACCGGGAGGUGAUGGAGGCGGUUCCGUUCAGCGUGGAGUCUCUGCUGGAGUCGUCCUACCGCAUCGCCGAGGACACGGUCCUGGUGGGGGGAAAGACCCUAACCACCUACGGCCUGGGAGCCUACAGCGGCAAGCUGAGGUAUAUCUGCUCUGCGGUUGGCUGCAGCCGCUGGGGUGAGGAGGAGACGGGGCCCGAGGACCUGUUGCUGCUCCACAGGACCCAGAAGACUGUCCGCGCCGUCCGGCCUCGCUCCGGCCUCGAGAAGUGGAACUUCAGUGUUGGUAACUUUGAGCUGAAGUUGGUGUCUGACCAGCAGUCGGGUCUGAGUUUCCUGGAGGGGGAGCUGGCCAGCGGGGACUUGUGGAAGGAGGAGAGGAGAGAUCGGCAGCGCGUCAUACAGGAGGAGGCCCAGGUGGAGAACCAGGACUUGGUCAUCAAGGUCUCCGUGCCUGACUGGAAAGUCCUAGCCUUCAGCACCAAGUCUGGAGGACAGCUGGUUUGGGAGCACCAGUUCUGCACCCCCAUCGCUGCCGCCUGGCUGGUGGGUGGGGGCAAGGUGACGCCCAUCAGCCUGUUUGACGACACGCGCUACGGCAGCCAAUCAGACGCUGAGCCUGAGGAGGAAGACAUCAUGGAGCAGGCCAGGGGCGCCACAGAGUCCAGCGUGUACCUGGGUAUGUUCCAGGGCCAGCUCUACCUGCAGUCAUCUGUCAGGGGCUCAGACAAGUUCCCCUCCCAGGCACUAAAGGGCCACAACGGCCACAUGCCCGUCGUCAAGUGGAAACCCCUCAUCCACUCCCCCUCCCGUACCCCGGUCCUGGUGGGUUCCGAUGAGUUUGACAAGUGCCUAAACAACGACAAGUUCUCCCAUGACGAGUACAGCAACGGAGCGCUGUCCGUCCUGCAGUAUCCCUACGAUAACGGCUACUACUACAGCCAGCGGUACCGGGAGAAGCGCGGAGCGGAGGUGAGCCAUGUCCCCAGCGAGGGGCGGCGCAGGAAGGACCCGGUGCUGCUGCUGCCCUGGUGGAAGGAGAUCCUGGGGACCAUUAUACUCUGCAUCGCCACCACCACCUACAUCGUACGCAAGUUCUUCCACCCCCCUGCCCCCGUCAUGUACAUACGGCAACGGAAGGAGUCAGAGACGCAGUGCCAGACAGACAGCAAGUUCGACCCCCCGGCCCUGGACUCCACCUCAGAGAUGGUUGCCAUAGAAACUCGUCUCAGCGACUACGUGUCCAGGUACCUGACAGACUUUGAGCCGGUGCAGUGUCUGGGCAGAGGGGGGUUCGGGGUCGUGUUUGAGGCCCGGAACAAAGUGGACGACUGCAACUACGCCAUCAAGAGGAUCCGCCUGCCCAACAGGGAGCAGGCCAGAGAGAAGGUGAUGCGGGAGGUGAAGGCGCUGGCCAAGCUGGAGCACCCUGGGAUCAUCCGCUACUUCAACGCCUGGCAGGAGAGCCCUCCACACGGUUGGCAGGAGGACAUGGACCAGAGGUGGCUCAAAGACGCCAGCACCACUGACUGGCACCUCAGCUUCCCAGACCACAUGGAGGCCCUGUCAGUCAAAGUGCCUGUGUCAUCCGCCUCCGGUGACGGGGGGGCGAGGGGGCCCGUCUCCCCGGGCGACCAGGCUCUGCUGUUCAGCAGCGGGGGUUGGCGGGGCGGACACGGCCUCCCUCCGGGCCAGGACAGCCUGAUGUCGGAGCAGGACAGCCAGCCCGACCCCGAGGCCUCCGACACCCCCCACUCCUUCGAGCUGUGCCCCCCCCGCGGCCCCGCCGACCGCACCUCCUCCUCCUUCGACAUCGUGUUCGAGGACUCCGGCUGCGACCGCGACGCCCACGGCGAGACGGACUCCGCCUCCGGCGCCGCCAGCCCUCACACGCUCACCGAGGCCGCUUCCUCUUCCUCCCUCACCCGGGGACAGGACCCUCCUGCUGCCCCCUCGUCCUCGCCCCCCCGCCCCACCUCCCUCUGCCUGGCUCCCAGCCCCCUCCGGGGCUCCUCGGGCCCCCAGCCGCCCCAGCGCCCCUCCCCCAGGGUGCACCUUUACAUCCAGAUGCAGCUGUGCCGGAAGGAGAACCUGAAGGACUGGAUGUCCCAGCGCUGCCUGGCGGACCAGAGACAGCGGGGACAGUGUCUGGACAUCUUCCUGCAGAUCGCUGAGGCGGUCGACUUCCUACACAGCAAGGGCCUCAUGCACAGGGACCUCAAGCCGUCCAACAUCUUCUUCACGCUGGACGACGUGGUGAAGGUGGGGGACCUGGGGCUGGUGACGGCCAUGGACCAGGACGAGGACGACGAGCCCAGCGUGCUCACGCCCCUGCCAGCCUACCCCCGGCACACGGGCCAGGUGGGCACCAAGCUGUACAUGAGCCCAGAGCAGCUGUCUGGAAACUCGUACUCCCACAAGGUGGACAUCUUCUCCCUGGGGCUGAUUCUGUUUGAGCUGCUCUUCCCCUUCCGCACCCAGAUGGAGAGGGUUCGGACUCUGACUGAAGUGAGGGCUCUGCAGUUUCCGGAUGUUUUCGCCAAGAACAACGUUCAGGAGCUGGGGAUGGUGCGGCGCAUGCUGUCGCGGAGCCCCCCGGAGCGGCCCGAGGCGGCGGAGAUCACCGAGACGCCGCUGUUCCAGGAGCUGGAGCUGCCCUGCAGGAUGAGGCAGCGCUCACGCACAUACAGCGCCUCCUCCAGCGGGAGGCCCGCACGCGCUCACAACACCUGAACACACACGGACACACGCGCACCUGAACACACACGGUCACACACGCACCUGAACAC